AUGCCGCCCUCCAGAUCAGAGAGUUUAAAAACGCCGCAACUGGGCAGCGAUGACUUGGUCCCAUUUGACCACGUCGCCGCAGGCCACGAUGGUGUCCGCUGCACUCUCUCCGGGGCCCUAAUCGCCAAACCUUGCGUCCAGCAGGAGGUCGAUUUCUACGAAGCUAGUGCUCUCCAUCCUGGGUUUCAGGAAUUUAUGCCUCUUUUCAUCGGCUCGCUCUCGUCUGCCGAUCAGCAACAACCGCUGGCGAUUUCUGCUACGCAAGGGUCUGGCGCUGUCUUUCUACCUCCCGCUGGCGAUGCCCUGACUACUCCGAACACAACCGCCGUUUCGUCACAACAAACACCUGUCGAACCGAGCACAGUGACAUCUUCAGGAACAGAUCAGCCAUGGGUGCCAUCCGGAGGUAAGAAGCUAGAGACAGGUCUUUCUAUCGUGUUGGAGAAUAUUGCCGCGGGGUUUCAUCGUCCAAAUGUGCUGGACGUAAAGCUCGGAGCGCGGCUCUGGGCCGAUGAUGCGCCUCCUGCCAAGCGCCACAAGUUGGAUGCCGUGUCCAAAGAAACAACCAGCGGGAGCCUGGGAUACCGGAUAGCUGGGAUGAAAGUGUGGUCUGGUACAGACGGCGAGAUCGACGAGGGCUCCAGGACGAAUCCGUACGCGACCAAGUACGAAGGAGCAGAGGGUGCCAGAGGAGAAGUCAUCGAGAAGGAUGGGUAUCGACGCUACGACAAGUGGUACGGCCGAUCAUUCAGUGCCGAUACCGUGAAAGAAGGAUUCGAGACAUUCCUAGCUGGAGCCAAAGCGGGCUCUGUGGAUCGCUCGAAGAUGGUCGCACGCCGAAUCACAGAAGAGCUACAAAACGUACAACGAGUACUUGAAUCUGAGGAGAGUCGCAUGUACUCUUCUAGUGUCUUGGUGAUUUACGAGGGCGACCCAGAGGCAAUGGCAGUUGCCUUGGAAGAGGAAAAGAAGAUCCCCGAGCAAAGGGACCCAGAAGAUGAGGAUAGUGAUGAAGAAGUGAAUUUUGAAUUCACGGAAGAGCCCCUCGAGCUAGUCGAUGUACGACUUCCCGACGGCAUACCCAAGAAAGCCAUCAACAUCAGCUUUGACCCCCAAACGGUGCAGGUUCCAUUAGAGCUGGAUGAUGACGAAGAUGAAGACGAAACACCAAAAGUACACGACCUCCGCAUCAUCGACUUCGCCCAUGCGACAUGGACUCCAGGGGAAGGACCAGAUGAGAACGUUCUAAUGGGAGUUCGCAGCCUGGUCAAAAUAUUCAACGAGCUGGCCGAGUGA